ACCGUGUCCUCCCUUCCUCCUUGUCACCCUGUUAGCCGCCUAUUUCUCGAUCCCCAAAUUAAAUCAGAAAAUCUCCUAAUUUCUUCCUCUAAUCUACAAAUCACGUAAAUAUCCGUUCAAUUAUUGUUCUUCCCUUACGGUCGAUUCCCCCCCUACCCCGUGCGUUGAUUUUACGUGUUUCUAGGGUUAGGGUUCUUCAAUCACUUCGAUUGAGCCAAUUUUGUCCUUCGAUUUCUCAUGGGUUUUCGCUUUAUUGGCUAUUCGUGUUGAUUUUUCAUUCUAAUUUUGUUCCAUUUUUAUCGAUUCGUUUACCUUUUAGGAUUUGUAUUUGUUCCUUACAUUAGGGUUCCUUUCCAUCUGAAAUUCUAAGAAGGUUUCGGUAUUCUAAGCUGUGGCGUAAUUUUUUAGAGGAGUUAUCUGUCUUGAUUUUGCUGUUUUUCUCUGCGAAAUCGUAAUUUAGGGUUAGGGUUUUCUUGUAAUUUUGGGAUUCUCCAGGUAGUCAAAUUAGUUAGGGAAAACACGUCUCUCUGUAGUGAUGUCAAUUUCAGUCCGAAAUUAAGUGUUUCUCUCAUCUCAAUUGAGGUUUCGUGAUAUUUCUAGCAGCCCAAGGUUUCCAAUUUUAAUACAAUUUGGAGGUGUUAAAUGGGAUUUAAGCGUCCUUUUGAUGACGAGGAGCUACAGAACUUCGUUUCAAGAGUCCGAGACAGCUUGGGUAUAAUGACAAGCUGACCCAGUUUGUGGAUUCUGUUCCCCAUAGUAAUUGCCCUAAAAAACAUUGUAUUUCAGUAGAAGUUGAGGGUGGAUUUCGUAAACACCAGUUGUAUGAAGAAUUUAAGACUGAUGCUCUGGAUGAUGUUACUCAUUCGGUUGAUGAGGAUUCAGAGACUACUACUCCCUUAUCUUUGGUUACUAGCAUUUCUAGCGAGGAAGAUCCAGGCACCGGCGUAGCAGCAGCUAUUUCACCUGUUUCAUCUGAAUAUUUUGACGCUGGUUUCCCUCGAAGAAUGUUUUCUCCUGUUGAGGAUGAUUAUUGUUUCCUCUUGGAUCAGCCUCCUCGAAAACAAGUUCCAUGUGGGUCAAAUCAUCAAGCCAAUGUUCCAUCAUGGGAUAGGCAUAUAAAGAAUAAUAAGUUUGCUGUUGCUUCAGAAACUGCAGAUAAUUACAAUGAGGAUAUUAAGAUGGGAACAUGUGUUAUUCCAAUGCCAGACUCACAUUUGUCUGCAAACAGCUGUGGUAAUGUUGGUGCUGGCAGAGCUGAUUGUAGCUGCCUGGAUAGGGGAUCUUCAAGAUGCGUUCAACAGCAUGUUAUGGAGGCACGUAAACUAUUACGAGAAUCCCUUGGGCAUGAAAAAUUUGUUAAACUGGGGUUUUAUAACAUUGGAGAGGAUGUAGCAUAUAAAUGGAGUGAAGAAGAUGAAGAGAUCUUUCGUGAGGUUGUUUACAAUAAUCCCGUAUCAUCAGGUAAGAAUUUUUGGAAGCAGUUGCCGUUGGUUUUCCCAUCACGAUCCAAGAGAGAGCUCGUUAGCUAUUAUUUCAAUGUCUUUAUCCUUCAGAGGCGAGCUAUUCAGAACAGAUCCAGUAGUCUGGAUAUUGAUAGCGAUGACGAUGAGUUCUAUGGAAAUCAACAGUCGUAUGAAGUUCAAACUAUAGAGGAAGAUGAAGACUCUGCUAUUGAAUCUCUUGCUGAUCAGGAAGAUCUUGCAAACGAUCAAGACGACAAUGAUGUGGAUGAUGAUGAUAGUGGCAAUUCUGGUGGUGUUAAUGGUGUUGGAUAUGUUUUGAAGCCAUUUGAUGAGAGCAGGUUCGGUCCUGUUUUUCAACAAACGAACAAGGGUUUCGGAAUAUUGGAGGAUAUCAAUGUACAAGAUGACUCGUGUAUGUCUUUUGAGUUUCAGCCGGACAUGGUUGACUCUCAUAAUCUAAUUGACACAAAGGCAAACUCGCAUGUUAGUGAACGAUCAAUGACCGAGCUUUGCAAGCCUUUGCAACCAGGUAAACUAGACGAGUCUAGUGAGCUGGUGAGCGAUAUGUAUUUAUUGGAUACAUGUGAUGCCAAAAUCUGGGACACUAGGUAUCCUACAUCUUCAACAAAAGAGAUCGAUCUCCAGCCGACAUGCAACAUAAUCGAAGAGAUUUUUGGACAAGACACUUUGAGGUAAGAACAAAUUGUUUGCUCUUGAAAUGUCCAGAAUCUUCUCAUUAGUUAAAAGGCCAAGGUUUUGGUUCUUCAACAAUAAUUUUUCCUUGUAAAUUCCUCAACCUAAUGUAUUUUGCUUCAGCAUGUUAACAAGUGCUGUUAAUGGAAUCUUUUCUUCUUCUGUA